UCGAAAUCCAAAAUCACCACCUCGUCAACUCCUCAUACUGUCUCUCUCGUCUCGGCCACAACUGAGUAACGAACGCAACGACAAGGUCAAAAGGGGAUGGCUGAGGACCAACAGAUAGGAGUGCUCAAGGCACUCGAUGUGGCAAAGACGCAGCUUUACCAUUUCACGGCCAUUGUGAUAGCCGGAAUGGGAUUCUUCACUGAUGCAUACGAUCUCUUCUGCAUCUCUCUGGUCACGAAGCUCCUCGGCCGGAUCUAUUACUUCGACCCGACCUCACCUAAGCCGGGAACCCUCCCUCCUGACGUCUCUGCGGCCGUCAAUGGCGUCGCCCUCUGCGGAACAUUGGCUGGUCAGCUCUUCUUCGGAUGGCUCGGUGACAAAUUGGGACGGAAGAAAGUCUACGGUAUCACUUUGAUCCUGAUGGUCCUCUGCUCCGUCGCCUCUGGUCUCUCCUUUGGCCACGCCGCUAAGGGAGUCAUGACCACUCUCUGCUUCUUCAGGUUCUGGCUAGGGUUCGGCAUCGGAGGUGACUACCCUCUCUCCGCCACCAUCAUGUCCGAAUACGCGAACAAGAAGACACGUGGAGCUUUCAUAGCGGCCGUGGUCGCCAUGCAGGGCGUCGGAAUCUUGGUCGGAGGUAUGGUAGCGCUCAUAGUCUCGAGCAUAUUCGACCACCAAUUCCCGGCCCCGACAUAUGCAGUGGACCGAGCCCUCUCGACGCCUCCUCAAGCUGAUUACGUAUGGCGUAUCAUCCUCAUGGUCGGCGCUCUUCCAGCGGCCUUGACCUAUUACUGGCGUAUGAAGAUGCCUGAAACCGCCCGUUACACGGCCUUGGUCGCCAAGAACGUCAAACAGGCGGCUCAGGACAUGUCCAAGGUCUUGCAGGUUGAUCUCGAGGUCCAAGAAAGGGAGGAGGAACUCAUCAAGGACCCCAAACUUAACUAUGGAUUGUUCUCCGCCGAAUUCCUGAGACGCCAUGGCCUCCACCUUCUCGGCACAACCUCUACAUGGUUCUUGCUCGACAUCGCUUUCUACAGCCAGAACUUGUUCCAGAAAGACAUCUUCUCGGCCAUCGGAUGGAUCCCAAAGGCGGCCACUAUGAACGCCAUCCACGAGGUGUUCAAGAUCGGCAGGGCGCAGACCCUGAUCGCGCUCUGCAGUACGGUUCCCGGUUACUGGUUCACGGUCGCGUUCAUCGACAUAAUGGGAAGGUUCGCGAUACAACUGAUGGGGUUCUUCUUCAUGACGGUCUUCAUGUUCGCCAUAGCCUUCCCUUACAACCACUGGACCAAGCCGGAUAACCGCAUCGGAUUCGUGGUGAUGUACUCUCUGACUUUCUUCUUCGCAAAUUUCGGCCCAAACUCGACGACGUUCAUCGUCCCGGCAGAGAUAUUCCCGGCCAGGCUGAGAUCGACGUGUCACGGAAUCUCGGCGGCGUCAGGAAAGGCGGGGGCCAUAAUAGGGGCGUUCGGAUUCUUAUACGCAGCUCAACCGAAGGACAAGACGAAGGUGGACCAUGGCUAUUCGCCAGGUAUCGGCGUCAAGAACUCUUUGAUAGCCCUCGGUUGCGUCAACUUCGCCGGAAUGGUUUUCACUCUCCUCGUUCCCGAGUCAAAGGGCAAGUCCCUCGAAGAACUCUCCGGCGAGGCCAAUCCCGAUCAGAAAGAUCAAGAUUAAAUAUAAAUAUGUCAGGAAUUCUUUGCGAGGCCAAUUUUCUUCAAUUUCUGUUUGUAUGAAUGAUUCUGCAAUAACUGUUGUUGAUUUUGUGAUUUGAAUUUUUUUUUUGGUUACAAGUGUGGGAUUGUAUAGUCUAAAUAUUUGGUGUUCAAUGCAUUUUGUUUGUUGAUUAA